AUGUUUCAUUAUCUCGCACCUUGUACAAUUCAAAUAAUUGCUGUUACAAUUCUAAUUAUUAUUACUGCUCGUAAUAGAGCAAAAACAAAUAAAGACCAAACGGAGCGAGAAUUAAUAAUGAAACAAUUAAAUGCCAACAAAGAAUCGUUUUUAACACCUAGUAUUAUUGUUUUGAAUGUCUUAUCACAAGCUAUUUUAGCCUUCACCUACCCGUGUAAAGAACUGAGUGAACCAUGGCAACGUUAUUCUCUUCUAAGUACAUAUUUUCUAUCAUAUUCAUCCCAAAUACUCGGUUUUAUUCUCUUCGUUUUACCAUCAACGGCGUACAAAGAAGAAUUUUACAAAACAAAAUUAGCACAAAAACUAUGUGAAAAAUGA